UAAACACGUGUAAGAUUGAAGAUUGUCACUAGGGAAGAUAAGUCGAUCCCUGAUUUUAUUUCGUAAGUAAAUGAUGACUGCGCACUCGCCCGCCGGAUCUCAUUGGUGCACAGGAGGUACUUUGACUUGAUGUAGCUGUCUGUGGUCGAUCUGAGCCUGCAAUUAAGUGUACAGCCACUGUCACCGGGAUUCACCGAUGCUUACGUAGACCAAGUUGUUAUAAACCAGGGUAUUAGAAGGGAAAGUGAAACCAAAGUCUUGCAAUGCGCGGACUAACAACAGUAACAUUCGCCCUCCUCGGCCUCGCUGCUGCGAUCCCAGAACCGCAGCGUCGCAAGUCUCUUUCUUUUGGUCCAGUACUGCCUCAUGCUAGGUUUGACAGUAGCGCUCACCAACCAGUACCCGAUACCCUCUUCUCUACUCAAACAAGAGUCAGAGUAGACCCUUAUGAAGUGGCAAAGUCAUUCCUUGACUCGAUCGUAGACUUCGACAACGGCGUCACCUACAUUAUCCGCGGCGACAGCUACACGGAUCAUGCUACCGGUGUAACCCACGUGUAUGCACGCCAGCUCAUCCAGGGCGUCCAAGUGGCAGACGGUAACGUUAAUUUGAACAUCAAGGACGGCGUAAUCUUGAGUUAUGGUGACUCGUUUUACCCCGGCCCGGUACCGGAAUCACAUACCCGUGGCGCACACCCCCACGCAGAGUAUUGUGCUCAACUCAUCUCCCCCCGAUCAGGACAGCUCCCCCUCGACGGACCAGAGCUAGACCACAUUCACUCGUCCAACUGCGCAUCCCUCCCCAAACUUCACUCAAUCUCCACUCCUUCCUACGAUGACCACGUCCCAAGUCCACAAGACGCACCUCGUGCUCUCCUUACUUUCCUCCUCGCAGCCACCCCCUCCCCCGCUCUCGCAGACGAUAUCCACUCUCGUUUCGAUGACCAUUUGGCUACCAUGACCAUGGCUCGCAUGUCCAGCCUCCUCCCUCAUGAGGAUGACCAACUCACCAUCACUGGUGCACCCGGAACUCUUGGCGAGGUCAAGACCUCCGUCGUCUGGGUCCAGGUUCCGUCUGAAGACGGAUCCGUGCAUCUCGAGCUCGUACACCGCUUCGAAGUCGAGAUGGAGAACAACUGGUACGAAGCCACUGUCUCUGCAUCUGUCCCCCACCGCAUCGUGUCCGUCGUCGACUGGGCAAGUGACAGCCCAAUGCCCCUCUACCCCAAGGACGGUCAACUCCCUCCCCUCUCCUCCUUCAUUCCUGUCGGUUCCAACGCCCCCUCCUGCUCCACUAAGAAAGUUGGUGGUCGCUUCAGAAAGGGCAAGGCCAUAGCCGAUCUCCGCAAGAGCAAGGCUGCCAAGGAAGCUCCCCGCCAGUUGUACAACGGCCCCUCCGUUCCUGACCUCCCAACAGCAUGGUACAAUAUCUUCCCGUGGGGAACCAACGACCCUGUUGAAGCUGUAGAAAAGAAGGCAUUGGAAGAGGCAGGUGCUGCCCCCGAUUCCCCUCCCCUCACCUACGGUCGCGUAGACUCCCCUGAGCUGGGUGACAAGCUCGCCAGUCCGGCUGGGUGGCACGCCCUGCCGUGGGGUGUAGACCCUAGUGUUGGCGAGGGGGAGAAGGCCGCACUUCGUGCGCAAGGCGAGUUCUGGCGCUCAACAAACACCACGUGGGGCAACAACGUCUUUGCCCAUGAGAACUGGGAAGGGCGUAACGCCUGGAUCUAUAACAGACGUCCUGAGGGGACGUCCGUGGGUGAGGACAUCAACCAGGCUCCAUCCGUUCAUUUCAACUACACCUACAGUCCAACCGCGAAGGACAACUCGGAGGAGAACAUGGCUGACGCACAGGCUCACAUCGAUGCAACUGUGACGCAGCUGUUCUACACGAGCAACAUGUUCCACGACUUGUUCUACCGGUACGGCUUCACCGAAGAGGCUGGAAACUUCCAGCAGUACAACUUUGGACGCGGAGGCGAGGAAGGAGACGCUGUGAUUACCAACGCACAGGACGGCUCUGGAUUUAACAAUGCCAACUUCAUGACACCUCCUGAUGGUCAGAAUGGCCGAUGCCGUAUGUACCUCUGGAACACUGCGAACCCAUAUCGCGAUGGUGACAUGGAAGCCGGCAUCGUUAUCCACGAGCUCGCUCACGGUCUCAGCACGCGUCUGACAGGUGGCCCCAAGAACAGCGGCUGUCUCGGCUGGGGUGAGAGCGGUGGUAUGGGCGAAGGCUGGGGUGACUUCCUCGCCACGACCAUCCGCAGCACCGCCACGUACCAAGACUACGCCAUGGGUUCCUGGGCAGCAAACCGCCCCGCAGGUAUCCGGAACUACCCCUACAGCCUCGACACCAACGUCAACCCAAGCACCUACAAGACCCUCGACAAGCCUGGAUACUGGGGCGUACACGCCAUCGGAGAAGUAUGGGCUCAGAUCCUCUGGGUUGUUGAACAAGAGCUCAUCGCCAAGCACGGGUUCGGAGAAACGCUGUUCCCUCCCGCAGUAGACGCCUCUCCCGCCGUACACAACGCAUUCUACCGCUCUGACAAACCCUUGGUGCCCAAGCACGGAAACUCCUUGAUCGUGCAGCUCGUGUUGAACGGGAUGAAGCUGCAACCAUGCAGUCCUUCCUUCUUCGACGCGCGCGAUGCGAUCGUGCAAGCUGAUCAGGUGCUUACGGGUGGUGAGAACUUCUGUGAGAUUUGGGGAGGCUUUGCAAAGAGGGGGUUGGGUGUGGAUGCUGCUGUUAGGGGGAGGACGCCUUGGGGUGGAGGUGUUAGGGAUGACGUGAGUUUGGUUCUUUGCGCACCUCGUUGAGAUCUGUGCUGACUCUGUCUUUUGCAGGGUUACAAAGUCCCAGAUGCAUGCAGCAGCAGCCAACCCUCACCAGCGCCAGAACCGACCCCCGAGGACCCCGAGGACGACUGCGGUGUCUUUGGAUGCUGGUGGCACUGAGACUCUUGUCAGCGUCGUGAUAAUAUGAUACCAUCGAAUAUCUUACAGUUCCGCAACUUCAUCGUGAUAUCCUGGAUCCACUUGAAGAUGAGCUCACCUAGAUGAUCAUGGUUAUAUCCAGACUCUUUGGAUAGAAUAUAUCCGUUAUCCUAAUCAUGCGUUAUUUUUGAUCUUCUCGGUAUUUGGUAUUUGCAUUUUGCAUUUUUUUUGUAUGUGUAUAUGAUAGUACCACGUAACUUGUAUAUUUUUGAGAUGCAUCUUGAUUCUGGAUUUUGAUCCUUGGCCCAUCUAUGUCUGGACUCAUCUUGAGAGACACUUCAGAGCGAUACUUU